GGAGCAACUGCUACAAUGGAUCCUCCUUCAAGCUCCUUAUGCGCUUGGCAUCCGACUGUCCCAGCCCCGCCGAGCCCCUUGUCCCCCGAGGGCGCGCAUUUCCGGGCCGCCCACCACCGCGAUCGCCUCGGCAGCCGCUGCCAGAGCAGAGCUCAGAGCCGCUCCUGCCUGCCGCGUGGCCGCCAGGCCCCAUUUCUCCCCGAAAUGCCAGUGGACUUCACCGGAUACUGGAAGAUGCUAAGCAACGAGAACUUCGAGGAGUACCUGCGCGCUUUGGAUGUCAAUGUGGCCUUGCGCAAAAUCGCCAACUUACUGAAGCCAGACAAAGAGAUAGAGCAGGACGGCGACCAUAUGAUCAUCCGCACGCUGAGCACUUUCAGGAACUACAUCAUGGACUUCCAGGUUGGGAAAGAGUUUGAGGAGGAUCUGACCGGCAUAGAUGACCGCAAGUGCAUGACCACGGUGAGCUGGGAUGGGGACAAGCUCCAGUGUGUGCAGAAGGGAGAGAAGGAAGGGCGCGGCUGGACGCAGUGGAUCGAGGGUGACGAGCUGCACCUGGAGAUGAGAGUACAGGGUGUGGUCUGCAAGCAAGUGUUCAAGAAGGUGCACUGAGGCCCAGGCAGAUAACGUUGCUCUGGAAGAACCAGUGGCACUGACCUGGGGCAGGACCCCUUCUGCACAGCAUGGGGCAGAAAUGUCCAGCCAUACCCAAACAUCCGUUAGCAGAGUCUGUCUUUGCCUUCGAUUCUUUUCCCUUUUCUUAAAAUGAAGCCAUCCCAAUAAAAGCAAUGUCUGUUCAGGA